AUGAAAGUCAGAGAUUCAGACGAGGACACUCCACUAGGAGACCAAAAGCCCGAAACUCCAAAAGCAAAAGGAUCUAUCAAAGAAUUAUACAAGUAUGCUACCUACACAGACUUUUUUCUCUUUGUAGUUGGCUUCAUCUCUUCUGCAGCCCUUGGAGCAAUCCAACCCCUUUUCUUUCUCUUUAUGGGAGAUUUUUUUGGAAGCAUGGACCAGAAUACCUCGAAGAAUGAGUUUUACGAUGCUUCAAAAAUCGUUAGUUAUGAACUUAUUGGUUCAGCCGUAGUCUUCACAAUUGCUGGAACACUUGCGGUCAUGUGCCUUGUUAAUGUUGGAGCAAGGCAAGGAUUCCACUAUCGAAGAGAAUUUUUCAAAGCCAUCAUAAAUUCAGACCCAUCAUGGUUUGACCUUAGAAAUGUAGCUGAACUGCCUCAGUCUAUCGCAACCGAGACCUUAAUGAUUGAAAGAGCUACAGGUGACAAACUAGUCAUACUUAUACAAGGUGCCAGCAUGAUUAUUUCCUCAAUCAUCAUAGCAAUAGUCAAAGGACUUCAGCUGACACUAUUCUGCUUCAUAUUUAUGCCUACAGUGACAGCAGGAUUUAUAGAAGUUUCCUAUGUUUGGCGCUGUAAGGCCGAUAAUUCUGAUCGGAAUUUAUCGGUUGGUUGCACCAAAUCAAUGCCUUGGUCGGACCAAAAAGCGAUUUGGUCCGACGAACUUGGAAAGCUCCUGGGAAAAUGUCUGCGCUUUCAGCGCUAUAUAGAGGAAAACCUCUAUAUCCUUACCCAUCAAGGACUUGAACAAAAUGCAAAAAUGGCUGAUACCUCUUAUAAAGCAGCAGGAGGAGUUGCAGAAGAAGCUUUACAAGAAAUCAAAACGGUGUCUUCAAUGAAUGGCCAGAAGCACGAAGCGAAGAAAUAUACAGAACGAAUUAAGGACUCACAAAAAUCGAUGAUCACUGCUGGACUUAAAGUUGGAGGAGGAACUGCCUUAGGGAUGGGCUCUUUUAUGUUCAUGAACGGGGUAAUCUUUAUUGUUGGUGCCUGGUUCAUUGACAAAAAUGAAGAAAACUGGACUGGCGGACAAGAAUACGACUUAUCGAUGGUCAUAACAGUCAUGUGGGUAAGCUUGAUGGCCUUUAACAAUAUUUCAUUGUGCGUUCCAAGUCUUAAACUGAUAAGCCAGGGAAGAGUAGCUGUGCGUAGUAUCAACGAAAUCAUCAGCACAAAAUCAAAACUUACCCAAGGAGAAUGCAGAAAGGAAAUCAGUGGAGCUAUCUCAUUCCGCGAUGUUAAAUUUGCAUACCCAUCAGCUCCAGGAUCCGAAAUCCUUAAAGGCAUGAGCUUCGAUCUUGAGCCAGGUCAAAGGCUAGGGGUUGUAGGUAGUACCGGAUCUGGAAAAAGCACAAUUGUUCAGCUUCUCCUAACUCCCCCCCCCCCUCCGUGAGCGAACAAAAAAAUUUUGUUUCGCUCACGGAGGGGGGUUAAUUUUUUUUUUUAAAAAAAAAUUUAUAUAUAAAUUUUAUAUAAAAAUAUUUUUUUCGAAAUUUAAAAAAAUCCUAAUUUGCAAAAAUUGGGAAGCAAAUAUUAAUUUAAUUUGCAAAAUUUAUGUUUUAAAACGCAAUUUGUUUAAAAUUAAACAGAAUUAGCUCUAGAUUUCAUUAUACUAAUUAUCACUUAUAUAUCAAAAUUUUUUUCCAUUAAAAAUUUUUUCUAUUAAAAAAAUUUUUGUUCACUCACGGAGGGUGGGUUUUUGGUCAAAAAAUGGCGAUUUUUCUAAUGGUUUUGUUCGCUCACGGAGGGGGGGGGGAGUAAGGUACUAUGAACCAACUUCAGGUACUAUAACUAUUGAUGGCAACAAUAUUAUGGACUAUCCAAUAAGUUUCCUAACUCUCUAAGCUUGCUUGAACAAUUUUCAUAUAGUCAAGUAUGAAAAACCACUCCCCUAGCCACCUUAAAUCUAAUUACCCAUCUUUUAUAAUAAUAAAUCUUAGAUAUAUACUUUAUAGUCUCUCCUAAAUUUUUCGAGUGCGAUUAAUUUAAUAUUUGCUAAUGUAUCGCAUUCGACAAUAUAUAAAGUAUUCUAUGUGGAAAAAAUUAACUAUUAUGCUAUAUAAUUUUUUUUGCCCCCAUCUUUCAUCGAACAAUGGUGAUCCUCUUUAUCAAUUGAUGGGUAAGAGAAAGUAUUGGGCUAGUCAGUCAAGAGCCACUUCUUUUUAAUACCAGUAUUUAUGAAAAUAUAAGAUAUGGAAAACUUAAUGCUACACAAGAAGAAAUCGAAUUCGCCGCCAAGGAAGCAGGUGCUCAUGACUUCAUCAUGGCGUUACCCGACAAAUACUUAACUUCUGCAGGAACAAAAGGUUCUCAACUAUCUGGAGGACAAAAACAAAGAAUUGCUAUUGCAAGAGCCUUUAUCAGGAAUCCUAAAAUCUUGCUAUUGGAUGAAGCUACCAGUGCUUUAGAUAGACAAACAGAGCAAGCAGUAGUUGAAGCUAUUGAUAAAGCAAUGCCAAACUCCACAAGAAUUACAAUAGCUCAGAACCUUCUCACAAUCAGGGACUCAAAUUUCAUUAUCAUGAUUGACCAAGGAGUCGUCUUGGAAUACGGAAGUCACAAAGAGCUUAUGAAAAAUAAAUCAAAAUAUUAUCAUCUUAUACAAAUGCAAAAGAUUCAGCAGAAAAAUGAAGAUGAGGACCAAAGCAAAGCGAAGGCCACUGAUCUAGAAGUAUUGAAAAGCAAAGAAGCUCAGAAAGUUGUUGAAGAUUACAACCCAGCAGAUGUGAGGAAAAAAAUGAUGAUGAUGAGCAAAAGUGAAAGAGGGUGGCUGUAUUUAGGAAUGGUUGGAUCACUUUUAGUAGGCGCAGGAUAUCCACUCGUAGGGAUGUUUGUAGGCAAAGAAACCUUUGUACUAGCCUAUCAAGAAAGCGAUAUGAUUUCAAAAAGCUCAGAAUAUGCUGGAUAUCUAUUUCUUAUAGCAUUUUUUGUAUCGCUUGGAUUGAUGUUUGAAUCAGUGGGCUACCCAAAGAUGAGCGCAAACAUUACUGAAAAAAUGAGACGCGAAAGCUUUAAAGCUUUGCUUAAGUAUGAGACUGCAUUUUUUGACCUGCCAGAAAAUAACUGUAGCGCGCUUUCAGCAAGGCUUUGCAAUGACUGUGAGAAAGUCAAUGGAUUGGGUGGGCACAUGAUAGGGAUUGUUCUUGGGCUUAUCAGUUCUUUAGCAGUUGCCCAUGGAGUUGCUGCUGGAUAUUCUUGGAGGAUGUGCUUGGUUUUCUUAGCCAUUAUCCCAAUUAUUAUUUUUUCGACGGCAGCUGCGUUUAUGGCUCAGUCAGUUGGAGUUGUUAAAUUUAACUACGAGUCUACUACAUCUCAAGCUGCUGAUGCUAUUAUGAAUUAUAGGACUGCCAAAGCUUUUAACUUACACCCUUAAAGCAAAAAUAUUGGAAGAAUACCCCAUUCAUCAGUGAGCAAAAUUUUAUAUGAAUAUCUUGUGUAUAAAAUAUUUUUAUAUGUCAUAAUGAAAGCUAUAUUAAGAUCUACUUCUAGUUAUAAUAAAUUUUAGGUACUUGCAUCUAAAAGACAAACUUUAUAAUUUAUUUCAAAUGUUUAUAAGUUGAAAUUUUUCAAAAAAAUUUACCCAACAAAUAAUAUAUUUGUGGGCAAAAAUCUUAUUCUUAAAAGGAGGAAGUUAGAGGCUACUAUGCUUGGCAAAUAUUUGGAGCCAACAACACAAGAGUUUGCUGGCAUUAGGAAAAAAGCCACAUAUUCAGGAAUUACAUAUGGACUAGGUUUUGGGUUAAUUUGGUGCGCUUAUGCAUUAUUAUUCUGGUGGGGUGGUAAAAUAGUUGUUGAAGACCUUGAUACUUAUGAAAAUAUGACAGUUGCAAUGAUGACUUGUAUGUUUGGAUCUUAUGGCUUUUUCUUGGCAGGUAUCUAUGCUCCAGAUGUCAAAAAUGGAGUGGAAGCAGCAAAAAGACUUUUCAAGAUUUUACUCCCCAGAGAACAAAAAAAAUUAUAUUAAAUUUUAUAUUAAUUUUUUUUUCCAAAAAAAUCCCAAUUUUAAAGCAGAUAUAAAUUUAUUUUUUACAAAAUUUAUGUUUUAAAAUGCAAGCUGUUUUAAAAUUAAGCAGAAUUACCCAGAAAUUUCGCUAUAAUAACUAUCACUUUAUGUCAAAAGAUUUUUUCAUAAAAUUUUUUGUUCUCACUCACGGCAGUGAGGUUGACCCCAAAAAUAGUGAUUUUAUCAAUGGUUUUGCUCAGUAAUGGAGGGGGAGUUAGAGUACCAACCAACAAUCAAUGUUAACAGCAAAGAAGGAGAAAGAAAGGAAAUUGUAGGCAAAAUUGAAUUUAGAGAGGUUAACUUCAGCUAUCCUAACAGAAACUAUAUGGCAGUCAAAUCUCUUAGUUUUGUUGUCAACCCAGGAACUCAUUUUGCCAUUAUAGGGAGAACAGGAUCAGGAAAAUCCACAGUCAUUCAACUGAUAUUAAGGCUUUAUGAUCCACUAAAUGGGUCAGUUUUAAUUGAUGAUCUAAAUAUAAAAGAAUACAACCUCAAGCAUUUAAGAAGCCAAAUUGGACUUGUUGGUCAAGAGCCAGUGCUAUUUACAGGUUCUAUCGCAGAAAAUAUUGCUUAUGGAAUCAAAGCUUCCCAAGAAGAAAUUGAAGAAGCAGCCAAAAAAUCGCAAGCUAUUGAAUUUAUUACAGAUCCAAAAUAUCCUGACUCUUCCAUUUAAUUGAGGCGAAAUCCUGUUUUAAUUUAAAGAGGGAGUUAAUAUUUUUAAUAUGAAAAAUAAAAUAAAAAAAUAUAAAUCGAACAUAAUAUUUUCAAUUUAUUUUAUUUUAAUGAAGUAUUAAUUAAAAAAAUUAUCGAUUUAGUUUAUAAAUAGUUAAAUAAUAUUCUAAUUAGAUUAAAAUUAAUUUAUAAAUUAUUUUGAAAAAAAUUUAACAUAAUUUAAAAAUAUCAAAAAUCAAAAUUUUAAUAUUUUGUUCUAAUUUAAAGGCGGAGGGAGUGAAGGUUUUGAACGUCAAGUUGGCAUUAAAGGGAGUCAGCUCAGUGGAGGACAGAAGCAACGUAUUGCUAUUGCCAGAGCUAUUAUAAGGAAUCCUAAAAUAUUGAUCUUCGACGAAGCUACAAGUGCUCUGGACCCUAAGACUGAAAUGUUGCUACUUUCUGCUAUAAAAGAUGUAAUGGCAGGGAAAACUGUAAUAAUGAUUGCUCAUAGACUUAAAACAAUUUCAGAAGCUCAUCAAGUAAUGGUGCUUGAAAGCGGAAAAAUUUUAGAAAUAGGAACAAGAGAAGAUUUAAUGAGUCAAGGAGGCUACUUCUAUAAUAUGAUCAGCAAUCUUUAA